CAUUACUAUUUUUGCCUGAUGAUUUUCCAGGAGCUAUCAAUAUACCGUCCAAAGGCUGACUCACCUCCUGAAUAACCAUAUCUCGGGUUGACUUCCUCAUGACUCUUGCUGCUUUAUAAUCAUUGUCUUCAUCACAGCCCUCAUUAUCAUCCCUCUCAGCAACAACAUGAAUAGAAUCGGCGGAGCGCUGCUUCUCGUGCCCAUGCUGGCGGCCAGAGCCAGCGCGUGGGACUCGACAGUCCACACAAUAGUCGCGCCAACUGCACCGCCAAUGGUGACCUCGGAGCCGUGGCGCUGCCUGACCGAGAACGCGACGCAAUACUUCCAGGUGCCGCUGCCUACCGGCAGUCUAUCAGCGGCCAUUGACUCCUGCGCCGACGAGGUCAUGAAGCCAUGCCUCAGCACCGUCGAGCCGGCCCAAAGGUUCUACGGCUGCUUCCCAGAGAAGGAGAAGUGGUGUGGCUUCACCACCGCGGCGCCGUCGGCCGUCCUGUCCGACUGGUCAUCUCUCGGCAGCGCAGCGUCUGUCUGGUGGGAAGCUCACAGUUCUGCGGCCGUAUCUCUGGCCCAGAGAUGUCCCCUCCGAUGGUAUGAUGCCUCUCUCGGUGUGCUCGGCGGUUCGACCCUGUUGAACGAGACCAUCAUCUUCGCCGCUUGCCAUAUCGACGCCCAGACCACUGGCGGAACCUCGACAGCUUCCGCAGCCAGGCCUGACCCGACGCCCGGAUCGGGCAGCACUGCACCAACGCCGACGGUGAAUGGUAUUCUGGGUCGAAGUGAGGCGCCAGAGAUGUGGAUGAUUGCAAGCACAACUUUUGCUGCCGCUGCAAUGAGCGCUAUGCUAUAGGCCGGUGAUGGAAUCUCCUAUUUACAUCGAAUCUGGAGAGUCCCUCGUUGCAUUCUUUCCGACCAUACUUCGAUAUUUUAGCCUCAUGUUGAACUAUUCUGGCAGCUUUACAGGUUGGCGGUUCUUAUGGUUGUUUGAUAUCUUGAGAGUAGCUCUCCACGUUUAGAAAGCCAUGUCUAUCAUAGUAAACCGUGUGAUCUCGAGCUGACUUCACCUCAAUUUUCCACUUUUAACUGAUGCUUG